AAUCAGCUGAUCAGUUUCACAAACAUAAAGUAAUAAAGGUUGUUGCGAUUUGUGACGAACAUGAGCUAUUUAAUUUUGUAAGCUAUGAACAAGGUGGAAGUUUUAAAAACAAUGCUAACCUCUGUCCAGUUUCUUGUAUUGAAUUACAUAAUAUUAUAAUAAAUUUUGCAUGUAAUAUCAGUGCAAUGAAAGAGUAGUAAGAAAUGGACUAUUGAAUAAUAGGAAAGUAAUAGUAAAAAGGAUGGGUUACAAUAUAGACUGGAUAAUUCCUUAUUUACGAAGCCCCUCAAGACUAUGGAGUUUUGCUAGCACAAUUACAGUAAUAGCAGUGGGUUUAUUUAGUAAAAUUGUGAUAAACCCUGAAAUUGUAGGAUGGUUGAACAAAUCUAAAAUUUUUAAUUUGCACAUCAUGUCAAAGGCUUUAGAUGAACGACCUAAGAAUACACCUAUAAUUACUGUUUCUAAUCAUCACUCUUGUUUUGAUGAUCCAGGAUUAUGGGGUACUCUUCAAGUUAAACAUCUCAUACGGCCAAAGGUUAUGCGAUGGUCACUAGCAGCACAUGAUAUUUGCUAUACGUGUGCUGAACAUUCUUAUUUUUUUGCAUUAGGUAAAUGCAUACCUGUGAUACGUGGAAAUGGAGUAUAUCAAGAUGCUGUCGAUUUUUGUAUUGAAAGACUUGCCAAGGGAGAGUGGGUUCAUAUAUUUCCAGAAGGUAAAGUAAAUGUUACAAAAGAGAAUAUGCGUCUGAAAUGGGGGGUUGGCAGGAUGAUAUAUGAGGCACCAGUCACUCCAAUAGUCAUACCAAUUUGGCAUAUUGGGAUGGAUGAGGUUCUCCCCAAUGAUCCCCCAUAUAUUUUACAAUUUCGAAAAACCAUGACUUUUAACUAUGGAAAACCCAUAGACUUUACCGAAACUGUGAAAUCGUUGAAAGAUCGAAAAGCUACGGAUGUGGAAGCUCGAAAGCACAUUACUGACAUGAUACAAGAAGCUUUACUAAAAUUAAAAGAAGAAACUGAAACUUUAUGCAAUCAAACGUCAUGAUAUCUAGCCUAUGCUUAGCCAAAUUUUAAUAGAAAAAUGCUGAGAUAUUUACCAUUUAGUAACCACAUUCUUUAGGUACAAUAGUUGUUCAAAUCCAAGCCCUGAAAUAACUCCUGUAUUUUUUAUUUUACGUCUUUGCUUUAAAAUCUUCUGAAAUUUUUAUAUAGAAAACUAUGAACUAUAAAAUAAGUAAGAAUAACGUUCUCUUCUUAUAAAUGGUUAGUUUUUUAUUUUAAAAUGGGCAAGCAAUUACCUACGUGAUUUUAUUUAUACUAUUUCAUUUAACUUUAGUAUUAUGGUUUACUUAAGUAUAUACAAGAGCAGACAUCCCCGUAUUAUGCAUUUUACUUUACUAAUUGUUCUGGUUAUUAGAAAUGAAAUAAAGUGGAAUUUUUGGUCUAAAUUAUUGGUUUUGUUAGAAAUUUAAAGUUAUUUUUAACUACACAGCUACUUAUGUACCUAUUUUAAUUAUCUAAUUGAUUUAGUAUUACAGGUUUAGUUACCAAAAAUGUAUUAAAGGUAAACUAAAAAGAAUAUUUUUAAAUAAAGAAAUCUUAAUUUUUAAUUAAAUUGCAAAUCCCGAAUAAUGUCUGGUUAUUAAUUAAUAUUGGCAUAUUAAUACAAAAGUAUCCGUUUCUAAACUGUUCCGACUCAUUUCAAAAGGGGAAAAAGUUUAAUGUACAAUACAAAAAAAUGACAGGGUAGAAUAAUAUUAACUUGUUCAAAAAUUAAUACAGUGUUAUGUAGAAGAUGCUAAUAAGAAAGUAUUGGCUUAAGAAGUCAGUUCCUGAUAGAAGUCCAUAAUUCCUACUUAUAAAGUGCUAUAAAUAAAUAUAUUUAUGCUUAGCAUUCUUAGUGAAAAAGAUCAGUUGAAUAAUGGACCAUUAAAAAACAGGUUUUAAUCCAAUAAGCUAUUUGUCUUGUUUGCUACAUUGUGUUCCAAAAAAAUUAGAUAAGUUAUAUAAAUUAUUUCAUUCUUUUUUUUGCCAUUUUAGUACUAAUAACAACAUGCAAUAUUAAAUUUAGAAAAAACUAUUUAAGUAGGUAUGUGUAUCAUGUUUUUUUCAAAUUGCAAUCGAAAUAAGUUUCAUGUUAUUGAUUAAUGAUUACAGAUUAAUUAUAAAUUCUGUAUGAGGGGGUUUCAAUAUAGUUUAAGUUUUAGAGGGCUAUAAGGGUAAUUUCUAGUCUUCCACCUGUUUUUGGGACACCUUACAUUCCUACUUCUCAUAAUAUUGUAAAGCUUUUCUCUGACACACGACAUUAUUAUUUUAAACUGUUAAAACAUUGUUAAUUGUUUAUAUUCAUUAAUAUAUCGAACAAAUUUGUUAAC